AUGAGCGAGUUGCUGAAGUCGCCCCCGAACGAAGUGCUGCUGGUCACCUCCACCCUGUAUAACAUCCCUCACAAGGUCGAUCCGGCCGAGCGCUCCCGCUCCCCGGACGAGUCGCCCAGCCCCACCCCGUCGGCCAAGUCGAGGAGCAAGAAGGACCUGUCCGAGGACGAGCAGUUCCUGCUGAGGAAGAAGAUCAACAGCCGGGAGCGCAAGAGGAUGCACGACCUGAACGUCGCCAUGGACGCGCUCCGGGAGGUCAUGCCGUACGCCCACGGCCCCUCGGUGCGGAAACUCUCCAAAAUCGCCACGCUGCUGCUGGCCAGGAACUACAUCCUGAUGCUGACCAGCUCCCUGGAGGAGAUGAAGCGGCUGCUGGGCGAGAUGUACGGCCGGAGCGGCUCGGCGACGCGCCUGGGCCAGCUGCCCGUGCUGACCGCCGCCGGGGGCUCGCUGCUGCUCGGGGCCGCCCCUUCGCUCUUGACCCUCGGCAGCCCCCGCCACUCCUCCCCCGGCAUCAAGUGCCCCCUGACUCCGGACGAUCAGCCUUGCUUCCAGCAGUGGGCCGGCUCUCCCUGUGCCUGCGCGGCCUGCAGAUUUCACUGCCUUCCCUCCAGCCUCAGUGCACCCAGUCACCAGGCCAGGUUUCCCAAGUGA